CAUACGAUCAUUCCGACGCGAAUCUCUAAGCGGGUCGCACGUUUUGUGAUUGAAAUAAGUGAAGUAUUUGUGACGAUAACUCCUAAUUCAUAUUUUCCGUUCGUAUUAAAAAAAAAUAAGGAAAAAUAAUUGAAAAUGGCGCCAUCUGCUAGCGUAGCCGAAUACUACGCGGGCAAAUCGAUUUUCAUCACAGGAGCGACGGGCUUCAUGGGAAAAGUAUUAGUCGAGAAACUAUUGAAGUCAUGUCCUGGUUUGAAUAAACUCUACCUAUUAAUGAGGCCCAAAAAAGGGCAAAGCAGUAAAGAGAGAUUAGACGACUUCCUCGGAUUCAAGUUAUUCGGGCCGUUACAAAAGGAAAACCCGAAGUGCUUCGAGAAACUUCACGUUGUCCCGGGCGACAUACUGAUGGAUGACUUGGGCAUAUCAAUAGCAGACAGAGAGCUGAUACAGCGGGAGUGCCAGGUCAUAUUCCACUGCGCCGCCUGCGUAAGAUUCGAUAUGUUUCUGCGUGACGCCGUCAAUUUGAACACGGUAGCUACAAAGAGAGUGUUGGAGCUCGCCAAGGACUUUAAUAACCUCGAGGCCUUCAUCCACGUAUCGACGUCCUAUUGCCGCUGCGAGCUGGACCUUCUAGAAGAGAAGCUGUAUCCUUCUCCACACCGUCCCGAACACAUCAUGGACUGCAUGAGUUGGAUGGAUGAUCAGCUGGUCGCGCAUAUGCAGCCCAAGUUAAUCGAACCCCAACCCAAUACAUAUGCCUACACGAAGUCUCUUACGGAGGACCUGGUAUCACAAUACGAAGGGAAAUUCCCUAUUACGAUCGCGCGGCCAUCUAUCGUGACUGCAGCGUAUAAGGAGCCUAUACCAGGAUGGGUGGACAACUUGAACGGACCAACGGGACUUCUUGUAGGAGCUGGAAAAGGGGUCAUAAGAACAAUGCAUUGCGACGAUUCGCUUCAAACUGACGUUGUGCCGGUCGAUAUGGCUGUCAACGCUUGCAUUUUACUGGCGUAUCUCACGGGCGUUGAGAAACCGCAAAAGAUCCAAAUAUGCAACAUAACGCAAUCAGGAUUGAACCCCAUCACUUGGGGAGAAGCGCUCGACAUGGGUCGCGUCCACGUACGAGAGUAUCCUUUCUCCGUGUGCCUCUGGUAUCCCGGUGGCUCGCCAAAGAAGACGAGGAUCCAGCACGAGAUUGCUCUCUUCUUCACGCAUCUCUUGCCGGCGUAUUUCGUGGACCUAUUGCUGUUUCUCUUGGGCAAGAAGACUUUCAUGAUCAAAGUCCAGAAACGCAUCAACUACGGCCUUGAAGUCCUACAGUACUACACGACGAAGGAGUGGCUCUUUAAGAAUGACAAUUUCUUGGCUCUGCGCACGAAGAUAUCGGCUGAGGACGACAGAAUAUUCUAUACAAACAUUCAGGAGAUCAACUGGAACGACUACAUCAGAGAGUACAUUAAGGGCGCCCGCGAGUUUUGCUGCGACGAGGACCCUUCCACCUUACCGCAGGCGAGGAGACUCCACAAACAACUCUUCUACUUAGACUUCGCAGUUCGGCUAAUAAUCGUGUCAUUGACAAUAUAUGUCUCCUAUUACUAUUUACAAGUUCUAUUUAAUGUAUUAGUUAAAUAAAUUAAUUGAGAAUGUCGACGGAGUUGUAAGAAAAUAUCGAAUCAUUGUUAUUAUAGAUCGAGUACUUGUGGA